UUGUACCUUGUGGAUUUUCUCGCAGGGUAACAGCGCUGCUUAAUGAAUAACAUUGCAAUGUUGGUUUUAACGCAGAAGCGCCCAAUGUUAUUCAUUAAGUUUGAUGGCAUGCUAACCUUGUCCUGCUUUCUAGAGACUGACUUGCUAUUUCAGUUGGAUGGCUUGGGGCUAUAGAAAGCAGUAAGUUAGGCAGGGCAAGUGCCUGGGAACCCUAUGUCCUUUAUCACUCCUUCCGGCCUCCUAAUCUCCCAGAGGACUCUCCUCCAGUGCCGUGGAAUGUUCCUGUGACCCCUGAACUUGCCACCAUGGAGUCCUAAGGUUCUGUUGCUCUGACAACCCAUUACCCACAGUGUCUGUAUCAGAGCUGCCAAGGUUCUGGGAGAAAGAGACCUGAAGCAGGGUCACAGCUGUUGAACAUUUACAUUCAGCUAUGACUAGUCUUUCUGUGUUCAGGGACAUACCCCCUGCCCAGAAGCUGGAAGGUAGCUUACUAAAGACCUACAGACACGAUGAUUAUCCUAGCAAGAUGUUCCUGGCCUACAAAGUCUGCAUGACCGAACAAGGCUAUCCCUGGAUUUCUCUCGUGGUGCGCAGGACUCGCCUGCAGAUUUCACAGGACCCCUCUCUGAACUAUGAAUACUUACCCAGGAUGGGCAUGAAAUCAUUCAUCCAAGCCGCCUUGGAACUCCUCUUUGGAAAACACAGCCAAGCCAUUGCUGAGAAAAGGGUAGGGGGUGUGCACACUGUUGGUGACAGUGGAGCCUUCCAGCUUGGGGCCCAGUUUCUCAGGACGUGGCGUAAGAAUUUGAAAACCGUUUGCAUUGUCUCAUGUCAAAAGGAACAGUAUGGACUCAUCUUCCAGGACAUGGGCUUUACAGUGUAUGAAUACUGCAUCUGGAACCCCAAGGAGUUGUGCCCAGACCCCACCUUGUUCUUCGAUUUGAUGGAGCAUAUCCCAGCUGACAGUAUCCUUGUGAUUGGGAACAUUAUUGACUGCAGGUUCACGCAAACUCAGUGGACAAAUCUGAUGUCCAUCAUUAAGAGCAAGCAUAUAUUCCCAUUCUUUGACGUUCCCUGUCAAGGUCUGUCCACAGGUGACCUGGAAGAAGACACCAGACUCUUACAGUAUUUUGUGUUCCUAGGGUUUGAGUUCUUCUGCAGCCAAUCUCUGUCCAAGAGUUUUGGCAUUUAUGAUGAAGGAGUGGGGAUCCUAGUUGUAGCAGCCCUCAGCAACCAGGACCUGCUGUGCGUCCUCUCGCAGCUGAUGAACAAUGUCCAAGCCCUGUGGGGAAACCCUCCCGCCACAGGUGCCCGGAUAAUCACUUCCAUCCUCUGUAACCCUGCUCUGCUUGUAGAAUGGAAGCAGAGUCUAAAAAGUGUUGUGGAGAACGUCAUGCUGAUCAAAGAGAAGGUGAAGGAGAAGCUUCGGCUCCUGGGGACCCCUGGGUCCUGGAAUCACAUCACCGAACAGAGUGGAACCCAUGCCUAUCUGGGACUCAACUAUCAGCAGGUGGAGUUCCUGAUCAAGAAGAAGCACAUCUACAUCCCUAAGAACAGCCGCAUCAAUUUCACCUGCAUCAAUUCCAGGAACAUAGACUACAUCACACAGAGCAUCCACGAGGCAGUGGUGAUAACGGAGGGCUGAAAGGGGUAGUCUUCCCAAAGCUGCCCCUGAUUGGAAUGAAAGCUUUAUGUCAUCUUUGAAAAAAAAUACUGAAUUAAUUAUGCAUUACUAUGCUCACUCUUUCAUUUAUUUAUGAAGCAAUGUGCUGGCCUGGGGUGGGGGAGGAGCUUCAGUGCAACACACGCCAAGCAUAGGUGGAAACCUAGAUUCCAUCCCCAGGAGAUGGGUGUGUGUGUGUGUGUGUGUGUGUGUGUGUGUGUGUGUGUGUGUGCAAGAACAAUUAUCCUCAUAGGACAUGGUUCAGUUCCUAGCCAUGUGGUUGGUACCAAAGUGAACAGAAGUCAGUAGAUAUUGAGAGGUGCGCUGUGUGUGUGCACACACAUGUGCAUGCACAUAUGUACUUAGUUUCAAGUGAGUGCAGUUGUC